AUGGACUUUGCUGAAGGGCCAGAGCUCUCUGCUGUGGUGGCUGAGGAGGUCCCGCCUCUCGCGUUUCCUUCCAUCGGCUGCCUCCAGCUCCGCCGCAUUAUUGACAUUCCCUUUGCCUUCCCCUCCGCUGCUGGCCCUGCCAAGGAGUGGCAGCAGCAGCAGCAGCCCUACAGCGCUGCGAGGAGCGACGGCGACGAGCCAGCAGCAGCAGCAGCAGCAGCAGCAGCAGCAGCAGCAGCAGCAGGCGACGCGUUCAGCGCCUCGAAGGCCCCGCAGCCGCCGCCGCCGCCCCAAGAGCAAGGUGUUUCCUUGUUGUCUGGGCUGCUGCGGCGGCUGAGGAGGCAGCCGCAGCGAGAGCAGCAGCAGCAGCAGCAGCAGCAGCAGCAGCAGCAGCAGGGCAGUCUGGUUCAGCUGGAGCGGCUGGGCUUCGAGCUGCCCAUCUGCGGAGUGCCCGCAGCAGCACAAGUCUGCGGGCGCUGGGGCCUCGCUGGGCGGCUGCAGACAGAGAGGGGCAGCAGCAGCAUUUCUGUGGUUUCUUGGGAGGGCCGGCAGAUAUUCUUUUGGCUGCUGUGGCCCGGCUCUGCUGCUGCUGCUGCUGCUGCAGCAGGGGACGCGGCUCCUGCAGCAGCAGCAGCAGCAGCAGCAGCAGACGCAGCAGCUGCGCUGUUCGUGCUUACCGCAGAUGAGGAAGUGCUGUCCUGCAGUUUGGUGGAGCGCUUUUCAGUUUUGGCUGCCACCUACAAGACAACUCCGCCGCGGACUGAGCUGCUGCUGCUGCCCCCGCUGAAGGCCCCCGCUGCUGCUGGCAGCCGCAGCAGCAGCAGCAGCAGCAGCAGCAGCAGGAGGGCGCAGCUCACGCCGCAGCCGCUGCUGCCGCUGCGGCGGCUGCUGCUGCCCAGAGAAGAUGUCGUGCUGCAGUGGGUUGGGGACUGCCCCUGGGGCGUUUUGUUUCUUUGCUUCUGUUUGCAAACUAAGUACUGUGCCCUUUUGCUGCUGCACUCCGAGGCCAUCCUCGCGCAGCAGCAGCAGGCCCUCGAGCAGCAGCAGCAGCAGCAAGGCGGCUCCGGCGAGGACGACGCAGCAGCAGCAGCAGCAGCAGCAGCAGCGCUGCCGGCUGCUGCUGCGAAGCUGCCGGCCGGGGCCUUCUCUUCGGCGUGGCUGCCCGCAGUUCCCUUCCCGCCCGCUGCGGUGUCUGUACACCCCAGCCUGCCCGUUGCUGUUGUUGUGGGGUUUAGUGCAGCAGAAAAAACUGUUUGGACGAGUUGGGUGCCUUUGCAGGGAAUGGCUGGCGAGCUGGAGGCUGAGGGCGACAGCGAGGACUCCGACGCCGACGAAGCAGCAGCAGCAGCAGCGGGGGCUUGCUGCAGCAGCAGCAGCAGCAGCAGCAGCAGCAGCAGCGGCGAGCAGCAGCUCGAGUGGUCUCGCGGCCCCCAGCCAGUCGUCGCGGUGCUGCCCUCGCUGGACCUUCUGCGCUCCCUCGCAGCAAGACAGGCCCUGCAGGCCAUGGACGCGCAUCUGCUGCAGCAGCAGCAGCAGCAGCACCAGCAGCAGCAGCAGCAGCAGCAGGAUGCAAGCUUGGCGCCUUGGUCCAGCGCGGACUGCCCAGAGUCUUUCUACAGGCCUGUCUUUCUGAGGCCAAGUGAACUGAAAGAAGAAGCAGAAAGAUGGGUUGCUGCUGCAGAGGGGCAGACGCGGAUGCCCAGAGAGGCAGCAGCAGCAGCAGCAGCAGCAGCAGCAGCAGCAGCGGGAGCAGGCAACGCGAAAGCGACGGACCCGCAGCAGCAGCAGCGGCAACACGAGGCCGCAGCAGCAGCAAAAGAGAGACGAGAACUGCUGCUUGCGCAGCUGCAGUACAACCUUGGUAUGUCGCAGAAAGACGAAAAGAAGCAGCAGCAGCAGCAGCAGCAGCAGCAGCUGCAGCUGCAGCACGUUGCAAUCAGCUCUUGUGGUGGCAUUCUCGCAUUGUCUUUCUCCUCUGACGAGCUGCUGCUGCUUCGCGUGACCCACGAUGCACAACCAGCAAGCAGCAGCAGCAGCAGCAGCAGCAGCAGCAGCAGCAGCAGCAGCGGGCCUGCUUACUAUGAGCCACUGGCUUUCCUUCCUGCCCCUUUUCUGCGGCAUCUUCGGUCUCGCGCUGCCAAGAGCCCUUGGCAGCAGCAGCAGCAGCAGCACUCUGCUUCUGCUGCUGUGUCUCAGCAGCAGCAAAACAGCGAGGCGGCAGCACAGACCCGCAACCGCAGACAUCCUUUGGAACAGCAGCAGCAGCAGCAGCAGCAGCAGCAGCAGCAGCAGCAGGCGGACGAGGAGGAGCGAGCGUGGCUGGAGGAAGAGGUGGCGCUGCUGCAGCUGCAAAAGUCUUCUCCGGAUUUGCCUCUUUCAGCAGCAUUUUUUGCUGGAGAAGCAAAUGAGCUGCUGGUGCUGCUGUUCGGCCGCCGCGAGCCUCUUGACGCGCAGCAAGACCAAGAGCAGCAGCAGCAGCAGCAGCAGCAGCAGCAGCAAAGUGGCGCCGCAGCAGCUGCAGCAGCAGCUGACAGGGCGAGCCCGAGGGCUGCUGGCCCAGGAGGGCUGCUGUGUGUGGCCUUUGACUUGGACAGGAACAGUUUGCUGCUGUCACCGCAGCAGCAGGGGGAACCGGAGGCCUCGAAGCUCACGCUGGCCAGCAGCAGCAGCAGCAGCAGCAGCAGCAGCAGCAGCAGCAGCAGCAGCAGCAGCUUGUGGUGGGCAGCGUUUGACGGGUCAAAGGGGCCGCCCACGUUUCCCCUCGCUGUGCUGCACCCUUUGGAAGCAGCAAAGCCGCUGGCAGCAGCUGCUGCCAGCUCUCAGCAGCAAGAGGAGCAGACGCUGCUGCUGGUCACCGUUGAGGCCGCGGACCCCCACAGCAGCAGCAGCAGCAGCAGCAGCAGCAGCAGCAGCAAGAAGCAGCAGCAGCGGGAAAGGUUCCGCCUGUGUCUGUCUUCUUUGCUAUGCGCCGAUGUGGCCUGCUUUGCUGCUGCUGCUGCUGGCUGCGGGCGCUGGGGAGAAGCUGAGGCGCUGCUGCAGCAGUCGCUGUCUUUAGCGCGCCGCGCCCACGAGGACGCAGCAGCAGCAGCAGCAGCAGCAGCAGCAGCAGCAGCAGCAGCAGGGGGGUCGGACGUGGUGCUGCUGCGGUCGCAAGAAGAAGUAGAAAGGCUCGAGGAAGCUCUCGAGCAGCUGCAGCAGCAGAGGUGGCAGCAGCGAGGCAGGGACCCUGCUGCUGCUGCUGAGGAUUUCCAGGCUGCUGCUGCUGCUGCUGCUGCUGCUGCUGCUGAGCGGCUGCGGCGCUGCGAGGUCUUGCUGGCCCUCUCGGAGGCAGCAGGAAAGCUUCCUGGCCUUCAGAGCCUUCCAUGCGAAGCGCCUGUGGCAGCAGCAGCAGCAGCAGCAGGGUCGUUGUCUCGCGCCGAAGGGAACUGCCCACUGCCGCUGAAGCAGCAGCAGCAGCAGCAGCAACAGCGGCAACAAGAGCAGCAGGAAGCUCUCGAGGGCGAUGCAGCAAUCUCGAGGGAGGUCAACAUGCUGCUGCUGCAGCAGCUGCAGCAGGCUUUAGGCGUGCUUUUGAGGAGUCCGUCUGCUGCUGCUGCUGCUGGGGAAGUUUCUUUCGUGCUGCAGUUGGCCCGCAUUUUUGCUGCUCACGGCCAAACUCUUGCUGUGGAGCUGCUGCUGCAGCAGCACCCCCGGCUGCAGGCCUUCUGGCCCUCCGUCCUCAGCGCGCUGCCAGACUCUCUGCUGCCGCAUCAAAUGAUUCAUUUGCUGCCGCGCCUGCGGGACACUGCAGCGAGCAGCAGCAGCAGCAGCAGCAGCAGCAGCAGCAGCAGCAGCAGCAGCAGGUUCGAAGCGAGUGCUGCAGAAAUAGCUGCGUGGGCCUGCGAGCGCUGCUUGGUGAUAAUGAGGGGGCUGGGUUUGCUGCAGUUUUGUGCCUUGCCUCUUGCCACAGCUGUUCUGCUGCAGCUGCUGCAGCAGCCGCUCCCUGCUGCCUUCGCCGCAGCUGCUGCUGCUGCAAGGCAGCAGCAGCAACAGGCAAAGGACGCCCUCGCCCGGUCGCGGCUAGACCAGCAGCAACUGCAGCAGCUCCAGCACCAACAGCAGCUGCUUCUGGAACAGCAGAAGCAGCAGCAACAGCUGGCUGCUGCUGCUGCUGCUGGGGCCAGCCUUUCUGCCGCAGUGGUGGCGGCUGGGCACAGAACGCGAAUUUCUCACCCAGCAGCAGCAGCAGCAGCAGCAGCAGCAGCGCAGCCCACCAGCCCGUCGCCAGCAGCAGCAACAGCAGCUCCUCCCGCCCUCUCUGCAGCAGCAGUAGAGCCGGAAGCAAAUGGACCAGAGGCUCCUUGGGGUCUGAAUCACAACUUGCUGCGGGAACUGCAGCAGCAGCUGCAGCAGCAGCAGCAGCAGCAGCAAACUGUAAACGGGCUGCGAGUCAGGGAGGUCCGCCGCCUGCUUGCAGUGCACGGCCUGCUGCGUCAGUUCUUGCUGCUGGAGCUGCUGCAGCUGCGCUGCCGCGAGUUGCAGCAGCAGCAGGAGCUGCCUGCUGCUGUCAGCCCCUCCAUGAUCCUGCGGAGGCCAGCAGCAGCAAGACAAAGGCAGCAGCAGCAGCAGCAGAUGGUCGCACUGCUUGAGAAGGCUACAGAGGACUUCUUUAGCUUCGUGCGGCUGCCUGACAGCUGGCGACUGCUGCUGCUGCUGCUGCACCUCGUCGCUGCGCAGCAGCAACUUCAGGAGCCCGACACAGCAGCAGCACUAUCAGUAGCAGACACUGCCGCUGAGACUACCUACACGGACGGCAGCAGCAGCAGCAGCAGCAGCAGCAGCAGCAGAAGAACUACCGUGGCAGCCACAGCCGUCGCCGCUCUUGUGGAGCCAUUUGCUGCUCUCGAGUGCUUUACUUUCUUUUCGAAGGACCUGCCACCUGCUGCUGCUGCUGCUGCUACCUGUGUUUCCGCUUCCGCAGAAGCAGCAGCAGCAGCAGCAGCAGCACAUGAGAAGGAGGAGCUGGCGGCGCUGCUGGUUUCUCUGGAUUGCUGCUUCAGAGAGGGUUUGCUGCGGGAGUUGUGUCUGUGUCUCAUCGUGGCUGCAGCAGACCCAGUUGCUGCUGCAGCGGCUGUUCAGGUUUCACGCUGUUCUGCUGCUACUGCAGUGCAAGCAGCAGCAGCAGCAGCAGCAGCAGCAGCAAAUGUCAAGGCGGAGUUGCUUCGGGGCCCGCAGCCCAGCACCGAAGCAAGCGCCUUGCGGCUGCUGCCGUGGGCGCUGCUGCUGCUUGCUGCCAAGUGCAGCAGCACGCAGCUGCCUGCUGGCUCUCGCCUGCUGCCUAGCCCGCAGCUGCUGCUGCAGCUGACGCUUGCUGCAGCCUACAGGAAGAAUGCGGCUCUUCCUGCUGCUGCUGUGGGUGACUAUGUGAAGGAAAUCUUGCUUGAGGCGUUGGAGCAGCAGAAGCAGCAGCGGCAGCAGCAGCACGAGCUGCUGGAGGCCCCUUGGACGGCUUGCCUCCCAGAGGCGGCAGCAGCAGCAGCUGCAGCAGCAGCAGCAGCUGCUGCUGCAGCUGCUGCGGGCGUUUCUCUGCCGCCUAAGGAGCAGCUGCAGAGCGACGUGGCGCUGCUGCUGCACCGCAUCGAAGCUGCAGCAGCAGCGCAGCAGCUCGUGAAGGGCUGGGGCAAAGGCCCUGCAGCAGGAGCAACUUUGCUGGACUUGCAAGCAGCAGCUGUGAGCGAGGAAGCAGCGAAGCGGCUGCUGCUGCCGCUGCUGCAGCACGCGGUGUGGCAGCAGCAGCUCGCGUGCAGCAGCGACAGCAGCAGAGCCGCAGCAAAGUGGGACAAAGCUGCUGCCGAGUGGACUAGCCUGUUCUCUGCUGCAGUGUACGUACACCGCAAACUUGCUGUUGCGCUGCAGCUUUCUGCCUUCUUUCGCCUUCUUGCAGCUUUGCUGUCUUCGCUGCCGCCUCUGCAGACGGCAGACGCGCAGCAGCAGCAGCAGCACCCGCUGCUGCUGCUGCUGCCGCUCUGGAAGGAAGCUGCGCUGCUCUCUGGAGAUGCUGCCACCGCUGAGUUCGCCAGCAGCAGCUGCUGCUUGCUGCUGCAGACGGCGCAGCUGCUGAUGGACAAAGCAGCACACCGUGUGGGGCCCCACGUGGCUCUUGCUGCUGCUGCGCUGGAGCAGGCAGCAGCAGCUGCUGACGCGGCCUUGCUCGCUCUUCAAGAGCAGCAGCGACAGCAGCAGCAACAGCAGCACCAACAGCAGCAGCAGCGCCAGCUGCAGCACAUAAGGACGGAAAUCAAGAAUGAACUGGCGCUGCAUUCCGUUGCAGUUCUGCUGUACGAGAUUUUGCAGCUGCAGCAGCACCAACAAAGGGCUAACCUCUCGGCGCUGGGUGCGGCGUCUGCUGCUGCUGCCUCCGCUGCAGCAGCAGCAGCAGCAGCAGCAGAGGCAGCUAUCAGCCGCGCGAGAGGCGCUGCUCUCAAUGUGCUGCUGUCAAGCGGCGACAGCGACCGCGAAGACCAAGUCAGUGGGGAGUCAGACUGCGCGCUGCCUCACCCAGCAGCAGCAGCAGCAGCAGCAGCAGCGCAGCAAACAGCCCCAACAGCAGCAGCAGCAGCAGCAACGGCUGCGGCGGAAGCCGCUUCUGCCAUCCGGCAGCUGUCGCAGCCCGCCGUGCUGCGGCAGCAGCUGCGAACCCCACAGGGCAGGAAGCAGCUGCUUUCCACGCUGCUGCAGAAGCAGCCGCUGCUGGCGCUGCAGCAGCACGAAAAGAUGCAGCAGCUGGGAAAGCUGCUGGCUUUAGAGCCUCAAGAGCAGCAGCAGCUCAUAGACACUGCAAGGGGCCUUGCCUACAGUGCCCUUGGCGAGCGGCGAGAAGCAACCACUAUUGCUGCGACGCUGUUGGCUGCAGAGCUCAAACAAAGGACUGCAGCAGCAGCAGCAGCAGCAGCAGCAGCAGCGCGAGCUGCAGGUGGAAGAGAAGAUGGCAGGAAACGGGAAGGCCCUGGAGACAGAGACGACGCUGUCAACAAACGGCUGCGGGCGGCAGCAGACACACCAGGAGAGGCAGCAACAGAUGCUGCUGCCGAGAGGACAGCAGCAGCAGCAACAGCAGCAGCAGCAGCAGCAAGUGAACUGCAGGGGAGGACACAGCGGCCUCUGCUGGCUUCCUUAGGGGAAGCAGUCGCAACAGGUUUGGUGCAGCAGCAGGCCCCACGCCUCGCCAGCCGAAUACUUGCUGCUGCUGUCUGCAGUGCAGCAGCAGAGCAGUUGCCCCACCUCCUCCGCUCUGCUGCUGCUGCUCGAGCUGCGUGCGCUGCGGCUGCUGCUGCUGCUGAUGGCAGCACACAGCAGCAAAGCCAGAGGCAGCCAGCAGCAGGCUGGGAGCCUCAAACGGCAGCAGACUUGCUGUGGACUGCAGCAGCAGGAGAGACAGCAGGAGCUGCAGGAGCAGCAGCAGCAGCAGCAGCAGCAGCUCCGGAUGCUGUGCCGUCUGCGGCACUUUGUCCGUCUCAGGCGUCCGCUUUCUGGCUGCCGGCCCAGCGACACUGCCCCUUCACGAGCAGCAGCAGCAGCAGCAGCAGCAGCAGCAGCAGCGGGACGCUGCAGUACCGGACGGCCCGCUCCAUUUUACAGCUGUUGGGGUCUGAGGAGCCCGGGGAAGCCGCAGCAGCAGCAGCAACAAAAGCAGCAGCAGCUGUUUCUCGAGGGCCUCCUUCCUUUUUGUUUGUUUCUGCUUUUGAAGCAGCAGGAGACGCUGUAGCAUCUGCAGCUGCUAGCGCGAAGCUUCUCUAUGGUGCUGCUAUGGCAGCAGAGGCUGCUGCGGCUCCUCAAACCCAGCAGCAGCAGCAGCAGCAGCAGCAGCAGCAGCAGCAGCAGCACGGCGUGGCUGCUCCUCUCGACGCACAGGAAGCAGCACGCGUCAAGUCUGUUGCAGCAGCCUUGCGGGAGUGGGCAGUGCUGCGAGAAGUGGAGGAGGGCAGCAGCAAAGGAGAUUUGAUUGCUGCUGCUUUUUCGCCUUCUCUGGGGGCCCCCAAGGCCCUUUUGCUGCAGCCACAAAGCUGGGCAGUAGCAGCAGCAGCACCGGCCACGCGGGGCGAGUGGGCGCUGCUGCUGCAGCGGGACUUGGGGGUGGCUGUGCUGCUGCUGGCGGCGGUGGGGACAGCAGCAGCAGCGCCGGUGCCUACAGCAGCAGCAGCAGCAGCAGCUGCUGCUGCUGCUACAGAGAAGGCUGCAGAUGGGUUGUUGCUGGCCCCGGGCUUCCCCGGCUUCUGCGCGCAGCUGCUGCAGGCAGCAGACUUGACAGCAGCAGACCUCUGCUUAGUGCUGCAGCACCUGCUGCUGCUGGAGGUGCUGCCUCUUUUGCUGCUGUCAGCCCCGCAGAGCUCCUCCCUUGACCGACUGGCCACGGCGAUGCUGCUGCUGCUGCGGUUCCUCCGGCGAGUGCCGCAGCAGCAAGCCGCUAGCAGCAGCAGCAGCAGCAGCAGCAGCAGCAGCAGCCAGCCGGUGCUGCUCGGGUCCCGCCUUGUGGGGGACAGUGUGUACAGAAGAGAAGUGCUGCUGCAGAUUGGUGCUGCUGACUCCUCUUUGAUUGACGCUGCAGCAGCAGCAAUGGCUGCUGCUGAGCCUCUCAACGAGCUGCUGCGGACUCUGCCGCCUCUGCAGCCCAAGAAGGGGCUGCUGUCGCGCUGCAGCAGCACAACUGUUUCUCCCAUGUCUGCUGCGCCUCCCGGAGACGCGCAGCAGCAGCAACAGCGGACGCACAAGGAGCAGCAGCAGAAGCAGCAGCAGACGCAGCAGCAGAAGCAGCAGCAGCAGCCCGCGGUGGAAACAUGCGAAGACCCACAGCAGGCCACUCCGUGCCAUUUAGACCCCCAAGCACUCAUAGACGAAAACAAAGGGACUUCAGCCAGUGCAAGCCAUCCUACUCAGCAGCAGCAGCAGCAACAGCAGCAGCAACAGCAGGAGCAAAGGCUGUCCCAGCUUGCUGCUGCGGCGUCGCUGGAAGAGCCUGCGGCGAGCAGCUGCUCCCCAGAAGAGCCGCAGCUGAGCCGAACUCAGAAGCAGCAGAAACAGCAGCAGCAGCAGCAGCAGCAGCAGCAGCAGCAGCAGCAGCAAUUUCUUUUGGGAGAAGAGGGGCUGGCGGGGGAAGGCCUCAGCCUGCGGCUGGAGCAUGCGAAGCAAGUGCUGCUGCUGAGCUCUGCCCCGCUGAGUGCAGCAGUUGCUGCUGAUGUUUCUGCUUCAGUCUCGCUGCUGCUGCGCGCAGCCCCAGCGCCCUUCGGGCUGCUGCUUGUGGACUCUCUUGCUGCUUUGCUGCAGUCCAACUGCCCCGAAGAGCCUUCCCUCUUCCACCCUGCUGUUGUGCUGCAGCUGUGUCGCCUCACAGCGCAGGGGCAAAGAGAGCCCGCUGCUGCUGCUGCUGCUGCUGCUGCUGCUGCAGCGGGAGCAGCGGGAGCCGCCGCCGACCCCGCAGCAGCAGCAGCAGCGGCCGCAGCAACGCGGCACAGUCACUCGCUGGCCAGCCCUCCUCUUCCUUGCUGCAGACUUUCCUUUAAUGAGUUUCAAAAGAGAAUACUUUUAGUGAGAAACCUCUUCGCCUGCUGCGUUGCUUCUCUCCAGUGCGAUCCGGCCUCCCUGGUGCUGCCGGCUGUCCGCCGCGCUGUCUGCGCAGCACAAGAGUCCGCAGCGGUGGCGGCAGCGGCAGCCCCAGCAGCAGCAGCAGCAGCAGCAGCAGCAGCAGCAGCAGCAGCAGCAGCAGCAGAAGCGGGAGUUGGCUUCACGGAGGAGCAGAUGCUUUGUGUUGCUCGUCUAAUUGCAUCUACAGGGGGUCUGGGUGCGCUAGGGGAUGAAGAAACAAUUGGGGCUUUGCACUGCUGCAUGCCUUCGCUGAAUGUUGCAGCUUUGCUGCUGCCUCCUCCUUCUUUGUUCUCUGACUUGCAAAAGGAACAGCAGCAGCAGCAGCUGCUGCUGCUGCAGCAGGGCCCCUCGACAGACACAGAACAAAGGGAAAGCGAGGGAGCUGGGGCCCCCGCGGCCUCGGCGACAGGCGACCCGUUUGCUGCGAGUUUUGCUGCUGCUGCUGACAGCAGCAGCAUCGGGCUCGCGCUGGCCUUGCGGCAGCGCGUGGAAACUCUGAGGCGGCGCACUUCGGCUUAUCUUUGCUGCAUUUCAGUUUUGGAAAAAGAAUUGAAGAGAACGAAAGUGCUGACGGACUCUGCCGCGCUGGAUGUGCUGGAGGAGUGGGAGGUGCAGCUCGCAGCCAGCCAGCAGCAGCCAGGAUCUCAAGAAGAACCCACACUAAAUGGCGAAUUAAAAAGCAAAGAAACACCAAAUGCAGAAGUUCUGAGUAAAGAAACUCAAGUUCAAGACACGCAGCACGGCUCUGCGCAGCCGGCGGCCCAGUCGGCUUCCCGGAGCAGCACGAAAGCAGCAGCAGCAAACGACACUGUCUCGCUGCUGCUGCAGCACGUGCCCACGAAGGAGUGGGAGCAGCUCCUCGAACGCUUCAGGCCCCUGGGGGCCUCAAUUCAACUCCUGCUCGUGCUGCGCAUGCGGCAUCAGCUGCAGCAGCAGCAGCAGCAGCAGCAGCAGCGGGACUGCGAGGCGGCCGAUGCAGCGGGUCUCAGCGAGAACCUUGAAGCUGCGCAGAGGCUGCAGGGCCUGCUGCAGCAGCUUGCUGCCGUUCUGCCGUUUGCAGCUUCCUGGGAGCAGCGCCUGGCCACUCCCUCUUCAAUCUUUUCGCCCGAACGGCCUUUGCCAGAGGCCGCGGCGGAGCUGCUGACGACAGCAGAGGCUUCGGCUUACGAGGCCUUCAGCGGCGCCUUCUGGAGGCUCGCUUGCCGGCACGUGCUGUCGCGCCCGCGGGAGGCAGCAGACCCAGCAGCAGCAGCAGCAGCAGCAGCAGGAGCUUCUGCUGCGCGUGCUGCUGUCCUGCGGGACUUGGCGUCGCUGCUGUCCGAGGGCUUUCUGGCGUGGCUGCGCCGAAGACUCUCCGCUGCUGCUUCUCAGGAGGAGCAGCAAAGCAGCAGCCCUGCAGCAGAGCCGCUUGGCGGGGCCGCGGAGAAAGCCCUGGAGAAGCUGCUGCAGCGAGUUGGCUGUGUGCCCCUCAAAAGCCCCUGCGAGACCUUCGCCUUUACGUUUUACGUGCUGCAGCAAAUCACCAGAAGCUUGGCGGCUUCUGAAGACCCGCGCUGCUGCGGCCUUUCGCAAGAGCCGCAGGAAGCUGUGGAAAACAUCGGACUCUUGCGAGUUCUACUGCAGCAAACUUCGGCGCUGCGCAGCAAUCUCGAGAUUCUCGAAGCAGCAGAGAGGAAGGCCAUGGAGGCUCUCGCGGCAGACAGCUUCGAAAGCCUAACUGCCCUUCUGGAGGUGCAGCAAAGGAGCCUCGGGAAGCUGCUGGUCCAGGCCAUGUUUCCCAGUGAAUUUGACGGACUGAUGUGCAAAAGUAUUCCUUACAACUGCAAGAGUGACUCAGUGCCGAAGAUCGGAGAGGAUCGAAGCCCGGAGUUCAUCUUCGCAGUGGUCAAGCAGCUUGCAAAUUCGGACAAGUCCUCCACACCUGCCAGCGUGUCAGUGCGCAUGCGCUGCGCUGCUCUUCUUUUGUGGCGCAGCAGCAGCCCGAAGCAGAAGCAAAGUGCUGCGGGAGGCAGCCAGUCGGGACUCUGGAGCCCCGCGUGGACCAGCACUAUUCUGCAGAUGCCUCGGGAAGCGCGAGCAGCCCCGCCUUCCCAGUCUAACCAGUGGUCUACGGAGGAACGGGAAGCGUGGCACGCAUUAGUCGGUGCUGCUGGCAGCAUCGAGGAGUUCACAAUCCUUCGGCUGCUCGCGGGGCAGCAUGUUGCUGACGAUGCUCACUUACUGUGGAAAGGCCACUCCUCACCUUGCAUCCUGCUCAUGACAGGAGAUCCCAAGCUUCAUCAGGAAGCUGUCCACAGCCUUUUAGAAACACUUGAAAGUGGCGAGGUGUGCAGCGGGCAAGGCCUUUGUAAUGUUUCCGGUCUCCGUGAAUUGCAGCAGCUGCUUUCAGGUGCAGCUGCACCUGGCGGCGGCCCAGAUAUCCCUGACGUGCUCCAGCUCGCCCACGCGUUUGCAAUUGCAAGCCUGCUGCUGCUGACUGGAAAUGCCUGUUCUUUUGCCGCCAGUUCGUAUUUCCCGUUUAUUGUGGAGCUUUUAGAAGAAGAUUUGUGGGAGGAUGACCCUUGUCGCGAAUUCCACGUAAACUGCUUGACAAGCCGUGAACGCUCCGUCUUGGACGAACAUACGUCCGCUCGUUGGCUUAAGCACUUUCAGUGCUUCUUACUUAAGUGGUGGUCUCGAGGUGCAGCGGCUUUUAACGUUACUUUUGAACAUAAAAGCAAUCUCAAAGAUUCUCUAGAAGAGAACGAAGUAUUCAUGCUUCAGGUCAUGGCGUACCUCUCACCGUUCGUGAGAUCCCUAGGGAAACGACUGCAACAAAGUCUCGUACUCCAACUAUGCUUCAAUGGCAAUUUGAACAAAGCGAUGAUUCUCGCCAGAAGAUUCCGUGACACUAUACUGCCGCCAAAGGGAGUUCAAAAGCAAAUAGAAAUUGCACAAUAUCUAUCGUUCAUGGGCACGUGUUUGCCGAGUGGAUCAUCCAAUUCCAAAGCAGGAAAUGGCCCGCCUCUUGAAAUUAUCAACGAAGCCGACGACUUCUUGACCGUCAUGCCAUCAUCUACCACAAGCGGCAUCGACUGCGAUGCAGCAACAGCUUUCUAUGAGCUGCAUUGCACACUUAACCUGACUCCAAUCAAUAUGGAAGCUACGCAACUAAGGUCGGCUAUUGGACACAGGAAUAAACCAUGGCAGUUCUACAUUGCCCAGUGGCUGGCUGCUUAG